GGUGUUUAAGACGCUGGGUCCACCUCCAAGGCAUCGGGCCGUGUCGUCUUGAGCACUCACUGCUCCUCAGCCAGGAAUCUCUGAUCAAGGUUUUUUGGGGGGACCUUUUAACUUUAAACAUUUAACAUGGCACCAAAGAAGGACGUUAAGAAAGCUGCACCCGCAGCAGCGGCACCAGCGCCAGCCCCGGCACCAGCCCCAGAACCAGCAAAACCCAAAGAACCAGCAAUUGAUCUCUCCAGCAUCAAGAUCGAGUUCUCCAAGGAUCAACAGGAUGACUUCAAGGAGGCCUUCCUCCUCUUCGACAGGACCGGUGAAGGCAAAAUCACCCUCAGUCAGGUCGGAGAUGUCAUCCGUGCCCUGGGACAGAACCCCACUAAUGCUGAAGUCAAGAAGAUCUUGGGCAACCCCAGCAAUGAGGAGAUGAAUGCUAAAAAAAUUGGGUUUGACGAGUUCCUGCCCAUGAUGCAGGCAGCUGCCAACAACAAAGACCAGGGAAGCUUUGAAGACUUUGUUGAAGGUCUGCGUGUCUUUGACAAGGAGGGCAACGGAACAGUGAUGGGUGCUGAACUCCGUCACGUACUGGCCACUCUGGGUGAGAAGAUGAAGGAAGAAGAUGUAGAAGAACUGUUGAAAGGGCAGGAAGACUCCAACGGCUGCAUCAAUUAUGAGGCAUUUGUGAGGCACAUCAUGUCUAUCUAAAUGGACUCCUCAAGACACACAGUUUGAGCAAGAUCAGCAGAUACGUGGUAUUUGUGGAUCUACAAAUUUCCUGCUCUGCCCAGAACCACCACUCUGGAAUCUAAAAGAGACUGUAUUAUGGGCCUCCAAGCAUCACCCCCCCACACACACACUUUUCAAAGCCAUCCACAUGAGACGCCUACCAAAUCUCAACAUUUUUUACACUUCACGGAGAAAACGUUUGCUGAGCCAAGUGAGAAAGACUACUCUGCCACAGCUGUCAGGCCCGAUCAUCUUUUUUUCCCAUGUUGUCCACCAUGAAUGUUCUUGGGGGGAAAACCAAUGAAUGUCCUUGGGGGGGAAAAGAAAAUCUGAGAAUAAAUCCCUGUGGUCAGUGAA